AUGGCGGGUGAGGAGGAAACGCUGCUGGGGGAGGUGGCGCGUGACGCUGCCGCGGCGAGAACAAGGAGGGAAGUGGAUGUGUUGGGAGCGGUGAGAGAGGCCGGGAGAGUGGUGGCGCAGCUGGCAGAGAAGAUCGAGAAAGAAGUUGGGAAGAUGGGGCGAGCCGCUGUGUGGAUUGAGGAAAGGUACCACGUGACGGUGUUCUUGCACGCCCUUGCGGCAGCUGCAGAGGACGUGCGGGGGAGCACGCGCGCGGCAGUGGGGCGGAUCCGCGCACAGGAGGAGAGAUGCGCGCGAGGGGGAAAGAAGGAGAGUGAAGCAGUUGCGAGAGGGAAGGGGCGAGAGGAGGAGGUGAGGGGGGCGAUGGGCGCAGUGGAGAGGGCGGUGGAGGAAGUGCAGGAGUGUGUGGAGGAGCAGGUGGCGGAGAUUCUCAAGGUGGUGCCGCGGGUUAGGGACAAGCUGGAAGGGAGGGUGCAUGACGAGCCGGGGUGGACGUGGAGGGAAGCCGUGUGUUAUGCCAUGUCUCAACCCAGCAUGAGGCAGGUGUGUGCGGUGGUGCUGGGAUGCACGGCAGGAGAUGGAGGACUUGUGGACAUGCUGGCAGCCAUCACAGCGCAUGGGGACGCCAUGAAGGCGAAGGCACAGCACGUGUGGGGGCAGGUGCGUGCACUCGUGGAGGGGGUGGCUGGUGGGCGUGGACAAGAUGAGCAUGCGAGGCAAGAGCGUGAAGGCAAGGGCGGGGCUGGGCACGUGAAGAAGAAAGAGGAGCAAGGGGGAGUGGUGGUGAAAGAGGAAGAGGAGCAAGGGGGAGUGGUGGUGAAAGAGGAAGUGGGAGUUUUUGUUAACGAUGAGAUAAAGAAGGAAGCCAUGGAAGGCAUGUAG